AUGAAAAUUGCCAUCACUUCAUCUGUUUUCGCGGUUUCGUUCUUUGCUCGGUUAAUUACUGCUGCUUCGGCAACAUUUAGCUUGAAAGUGGAUGCACCAGACACUAAAGUCGAUGGUUUCAAUGUUUACCUUGACUCUGAUUACAGAGUCAUGUUAGCAAAAACUGAUCAAUCUCUCAGUGCCACGAUCCAGGAUGAUGGUACAUUGUUAUUGGACGAUGGUAAAACUAUGGGUAUCGGCAGAAAUUAUUUAUCUGCAAAAGCCAUAUCUAGCGCUUGGAUUGUGGCUGAACCAUGGGCAAUUGAAGGAGGUAAGCUAACGUUGUAUGGUGGCAACUUCCACUCUGUCUACUCCCGUUCUGAUGAUGUAUAUGUGUUAGGUUCCAGUAAUGCUGCUGCUGGUCGUCCUGACAUGAUUGAAGUCAAUAUCAUCCCAUUAAACUCUGAGGGUAAUGUUGUGGCAGACUACUCUGCUGGAUCAGUGUCCUCUUCUUUAGCAGCUUCUUCAGCAACCACUGUUUCCUCUUUUUUAAGCUCAACUACUUCAGUUAUUACGAGUUCUGAGAGUACUUCAGAACAAAGCAGUUCUGAAGUAGUUAAAUCAACCUUUUAUUCAUCAUCAUCAUCAUCAUCAUCAUCAUCAUUUUCACCAUCUUCUUCUUCUACUUAUAUUUCUUCAGAGAGUCAUUCGGAACAAAAUAAUUCCAAAGUAGUCAAACCAACGUCUAAUUCCCCAGAAAGUUAUUCGCAAUCUGCAACGUCAGAUGAAGCGGCUUCCUCCACUGAGGUAACUACUACCACCGGUACCUUUGAGACCCGCACAGAAAUGAAUACUGCUGAAAAGCCCUCAACCAUUUCCAAAUCGACCGCUACAUUCAAUGGAACUACAUCUUUUGAAGCGAUCUAUAGUGGUGCUGCUUUGAGGAAUGGCCUUGACUUCAGUGCUGUUUUGUUGGUUGCAUAUGCCUUAGUUUAA